AUGGGCCGGCCGGCAGAUUACGUUCCUUCCCUCCGUGCCGCCGCCCUUCUUCCUCCCCGCAACAAAGCACCUCCUCCUAAUCAUGCCACCACCAGCACCAGCAACAACCAGCAACGUGCUGCUGCUGGUGCCGCCUCUUCCUUUCUCACCAGCCAAAGGGAGGCACGAAAGCUCAGGCUCGUUGAUGCUGAUCAUGAUGCCACCACGAACAGGCAACGUGUUGCUGCUGUUGCAUCUUCCUCCCUCCCGGACCAAAGGGAGGCACGAAAGCUCAGGCUCGUUGAUGCUGAUCCAGACCCGCUGCAGGGCGAUCUGAGCCGUCGGUCGGCCGGAGCUGCGCGCGACCAUGCGGAUGGCAGCGAAGGGGGGUUGGAUGCACUAUGGCAGGGCAUAGUGAGCGAUGCACCCUUGCGCACAUGCUGCUGCUGGGCGGACUCGUGGGGUGAGAGAGGUAGUGGUGGUGAUGAAGGUGGGAGUGAGAGAUGCGGAAGAGGAGAUAGAGUUGGAAGAGAUGGAUGGGGUGGCCUGGGUGGGUUGGAGAAGGGUGUAACUAAUGCAACGGGAGCAGCAGAGAGGCCAUUGGGUAAAGGCGAGGUGCAAGGCAGGGCAACACGAGGGAGAGAGGGUGGGAGUGACACUGAUGGGAGAUGCAGCAGACGGGGAGAGGUGCAGCAGGUCAGAGAUGAGCCCGAGGCGCAGGGGCGUGGCGGGGUGUCGGAGAUUGUUUCUGAGAAGCAACAAAUGGGGCGGAAGGAGGAAUGUAGAGAGCGUGGGGCGGAAGUUGAGACCUUGGGCAGGAAGCGUGGUGGUGCGGUUACCAGUAGAGGCGGGUCAAAGUGGCCACAUGCACGUGACUCAUCGGGCGCCGCUCUAUUGGACAGAGCUGCGUUGAGGGAUGCAAGUGGAGGAGGGGAUGGGAUGUCAGGUGCGUCAUUCGGAGGGCAGAGGCAACGGGAGGGAAUGAGGGGUGCUGACAGGAGUAGAGAAGAAGGGAACGCUCAAGGCGAGGUGGUGGGUAGGAGAGGGGGCGUUGCGCGAGGAGGGGGCGUUGUGAGAGGGGGUUCAGUGAGAGCUGGUGGUGGGAGAGGGGGUGGGGAGAGAUGGAAUGGGGAGAUAAACAGUAGUGGGCAUGAUAUGUUUAUGAGGAGCGGGGAGGAGAGUGGAGUGCAUGUGGCGAGCAGGCGUGGCGUGAGUGGGCGCGUGCAGAGCGGCGGGCUGUUGGAGAUGUUUGGCGUGGCGGAGGUGGUGCCUUCCUCCAGUGCUGAGGCUUCUGAGGAUGGCAGUAGCGAGGAGGACGGGGAGGAGGAUGUGGUGGAGGUGGAGGUGGUGGGGGAGGAGGAAGAGGUGGAGGAGGAAGAGAAAGGAGAGGAAGAGGAAGAGGAAAAGGAGGAGGAAGAGAAGGAGGAAGGGAAAGGCGAAGGGGGAGGGGAGAAGGUCAAAGGGGAUUUGAGGGGAGAGAGAAGAGAUGGAAGGAAGAGGGGAGAUAGAGAGGAAAUUGGGUGUAGGAGUGGUGUGGUAAGGGAGGUGAAGGGCGGAAUCACAAAGAGGGAGCGGGCGGUGCAGGACGCACGGAGAGAAUGGGGGAUCUGGGAAGAGAUGCGGCAACAGCAGCCUCAGCAGCCCCAGGAGCCCCAGCAGCAGCAGCAGCAGCAGCAGCGCACCGCAUUUCUGCAAGCAUGGGCUGCGGGGGGGCGCUCGGCAGAACCUGAUGCCAUGGCUCAGAGUGUGCAGGAGUUCAGGGCGAGGAAACAGCAACCCACGGCUCUCCCUGCUGUACCCUCCGCAUCCCUCUCCUCCCCUGUGUCCUCUCCUGUGCCGCUUGUGCCCCUUGUGUCCCUCACAUCUCCCUCGCCUCCUGCUCCUCGUGCCUCUCCCGCUGCUUCUGCUCCUCCUCCUGCUCCUUCUGCUGCUGCUGCUCCUCCUCCUCCUGCUCCUUCUGCUCCUGUUGCUCCUCCCGUCGCUCCUGCUGCUGGUACGCAUGUUGCUGCUCCGCCUCCUCCUCCCCCUCCUGCUGUCGCCCCACGGGCUGCCUCCCCUCCUUCACCCGCACAGAACCGCAGGAGGGCAGCGGCGCUGCUGGCAGCGGCGCAGAGGAAGUGGCUGGUGGAGUGCCGGGCGCGGUUUGAGGCGUUUGUGUUCCCGGCGACGGGCACGGACAGCGUGACGGUGCGGUGGGAGGAUGUGGAGCGCCUGAAGCCAGAGGAGUUUCUCAACGACACCCUCAUUGACUUCUUCCUCAGGCAUCUGAAGGUGCAGGCGGUGGAGCAGGGCCGCAUCGCAUGCUCCCUUGCCGCGCCCGACCAGGCACUGCCCCCACCACUGUCGCCAGCAGCAGCAGGUGCAGCAGCAGCAGGUGCAGCAGCAGCAUCAGGUGCACCUGUUGCUGGAGGAAAGGCAGAUGGUGACAAGGCAGGUGGUGAGAAGCAGGCGGGUGGGGCAAGGCAGCCCCCUCCUUUGGUGCAUUUCUUCAACAGCUUUUUUUUUAAGAUGCUCAUCGGCGGGGAAAAGGACGACCCCUUCCCUCCUCCCACCCGCGUCCCUGCUGCUGCCGCCUCCCAUGCCGCUGCUGAUGCCGCUGCCGCAGCAGUGGAGGCAGCAAGGGGGGAUAGUGGGGGGGAGGAGGGGAAGGCGGCGCACUGGCGGGUGCGCAAGUGGACGAAGAGGGUCAACCUCUUCGCCUGUGACUUUGUCUUCAUCCCUGUCAACCUCAGAUGGGUCUCAUGUGGGCCUCAGCUGGGUCUUGGCCUCGGUCCUGUCACUUCCACCAGCCCCUACCCUCCACUCACCACCAGCCCCUUCCACCCUCCUCCUACCCAACCCCCAGCAUCACCCAAGCCUCCUCUUCACGAGACAGCUGCAGCCAACCCCCCCGUGCAUGAGGCAGCGCCGUGCAUUCUGCACUUUGACUCGCUGCCCGGGCUGCAUGUGGACGUGGAGGAGGCCGUGCGCACCACCACCGUGCAACCCCUCACCAUCCCACCCCACCACCAGGUACCUCCAGGAGGAGUACCUCGUGCGCCACAAGGCGCUGGGCUGAGAUACCUCCAGGAGGAGUACCUCAUGCGCCACAAGGUGCCCCUCACGCCAGCGCUGAGAAAGGCCUUCAUCCGGCUGCCUGUGUUUCGCCCCAAGGUCCCCCAGCAGCCGAAUCUGAGUGACUGCGGGGUUUUCCUGUUGCUCUACGCACAGGAGCUGCUCUCCCACAUGCCGCUCACAGUUUGUCGCGCGCCUGCCUGCGACCGGUGCAAGCAAGUGCUGUCCUUCCCCUGGCUGACGCCCGACUCAGCCAAGCCCAUGCGAGCCGCCAUCCGCCGCACCGCGCUGCUGCGAGUAGGGCUGGGGGAGCUGGUGAGGCGCGAACCACAACGAGAGGAGGUCGUGGUGGGGCGGGAGAAGGAGGGGGUGAGGGAGGAGGGGAGGGAGAUGCAAAGGGAUGGAAGGGAGGAGGAGAAGGAGGAGGGGGAGAGGGACGGAAGGGACAAUGAGGGGAGGGGGCAUGGGGUGGGGCGAGUCGGAGGGAUGGUAGGGCUGUUGGUGAGGGAGAUUAGCAGUGUGGAGGGAGAAGGGGGGAGAGGGGAGGGUGCGGAUGGGAGAGUGGCAGGACGGGAAGAGGGGCAGAAAAAGGGAACACACGAUAAGGGCCAGGAGCAGCAGCAGGAGCAGAAUAGGCGUGUGACUCGAAGUCGCAGCUUGCAUGCAAUCAUGUCGAGCCAGGAUGGAGGCCCGUCGGUCAUUGCACUACCUGACAACGGAGGCCCUUUGAAGCAGAGCAGGGUUGGUGGGAAGAGGGAGAGGCUCCUGCAAACGGUGUUAGAGGAGGGCGGAAAGGAGGAGGAGGGGGAGGAGGGGGACGUGGUGGAGGUGACAGCGGCGGUGGGGAAGAGGGGCCGGGUGGGACCGGUGGGAAAUGGCGGGAAGGGGUGGGCGGAUGGGGAUGGGGAAGAAAAGAGGGAAGGGCAUAGAGAACAUGUUUCUCGGAGCUGGUUGUCGGACUUGCUGGAUGAGGUUGAUAUGGAGGAGGCGAUGGGGGAGGCGAUGGAGGAGGCAAUGGGGGAAGAAUUGGAGGAGGGGAGAGGAGGAAAGGGAGGAGAGCCUUCUCCUGCAACAGAGCGAGUCGCCAACGCCGCAAACAGCUUUGCUGCACCUGCUGCUGCACCUCUUGCUGUUCCUCCUCCUAUCGGAGCACGUGCUGAGCCUUCUGCUGCGGCUGCAAAUGCCUUUGGCUCCUGCCCGUCGGCCCUGCCUCGUUUUGUCCAUGGCAAAACUGACGUUGAGACUUGGCUCUCCAUUGCGGAGGACUUCAUUUCCAUCCACAAUGUGCGUAGCGAGGCUCACGUGGUCGCUGCGACCCUUGCCCUGGACGACACUGCGAGCAAGUUGGUGUUUGCCAACAAGCGCCACGCAGAGGCGAAUGGCAAUCCCUUUGGCUGGGAAGAGUUCAAAGCAGCCAUGCUGACGGCAUUCCUUGUUCAACCCCCAGCGCUCGAGUUGCGUAGCCGCUUGGAGAACCUCCAGUGCGGUGACCAGCCUGUAUGCGAGUACGCCAAGGAGUUUGAGAAAACUCUGUCGCUGCUGAAGACUGCUCUUCCUGAGAGUGAGGUCAUCCACCAGUUCUUCAAGGGACUCCCCGAGCACAUCAAGCGUCUGCAUGUAGUGAAGGGGGAGCACCAGUGGAAGACCUACAAGGAGUGUAAGGAGCAGGUCAUCAGCACGGAUGUGCACUUCCGUGCAUACCUGGAUCUCAAGAGCACUCGUGCUCAGCAGCAUCCUAGUGCCGAAGGCCCUAGGGGGGGUGGUAGCAGGACCCAGGCGCCCAGGGGCUGUGGCUCUUGGAAGAGGCCCUAUCAGCAAAAGGGGGAAUCCUCUGGGACUCUGUCCAAGAGGGCCCAUGCGGGGCCUGCCAAGGACUCUCAGAAUGCUGAUAUGCCCCGGGCGGGCUGCCACGACUGUGGCAAGCUCGGCCACAAGGCAUAUCAGUGCCGUUGGAGGAAGUCCGUCAAGAACUCCGGCAAGCCCAACCAAGGCAAGAAGCCGGAUGGUUCUGGUCCUUCGGGUCCUAAGGUUUUUCACAAGCCCAACUAA